AUGUCUGUUCGACCUCUUUCUCGAGAACUUCAAGCUAAAGCUAUUGCUGAUCUUAAUGAAGAUCCUAAAAGAAUCGAUGAUGAUAUCCAAGCACUUCGUGAGUGGUUGGAAAAGCAACCUCACUUAACACCAAAAAUGGAAAAACAAUUUUUAUUAAGUUUUCUGAGAGGCUGUAAGUUCAGUUUGGAAAAAGCUAAAAGGAAAUUAGAAAAUUUAUAUACCAUGAAAACUAUGCUUAAAGAAUUAUUUGCUGUUAGGGAUCCAUUCUCACCUGAAAUCCAAGAACUUUUAAAAUUAGGAAUUUUUCUUCCCCUUAUUAAAACUGAAAGUGCAGAUUCUCCACGUGUUAUCAUAGUGAGACAUGCAGAUCCCGUCAUUCAUAAAGGUAAAGAUGUGUGUAAAGUUCACGGAAUGAUGUCAGAUAUCUUAAUAAACGAGGACGAUCAAAGUCUUAUAGCUGGUGCGGUAUUUUUACAAGAUAUGUCAGGAUUUAGUGCAGCCGAUAUGAUUCAUGCAGAUUUACCACUGACUAAAAAAGUUAUGACAUUUUUCGAAGGAGCUUACCCACAACGACCGCAAGUUAUGCAUUUCAUCAAUUUACCUUCAAUCUUUGAAUCAGCGUUCAGUAUGAUCAAACCCUUCAUGAAAGAAGAAAUGCUCAAGAGAUUUGUUAUUCAUAAAACAACCAACAUGGAUGAAAUUUUCAAACACAUUCCAAAAUCAAUUCUGCCGAAUGAAUAUGGAGGGGAUGGUGGCCCAAUUCAAGACUUGAUAGAUUAUUGGAAAAUCAAAGUUGACAGUUAUGCUGAAUGGUUUAAAGAAGAUGCAAAAUAUAAAUCUGAUGAAUCAAAGAGAAUUGGAAAACCAAAAACUGAAAGUGACUUAUUUGGAAUUGAAGGAUCGUUUAGAAAAUUGGAUGUAGAUUAA